ACCAUGAUGGUUUUGUGCCUGAGGCUUCUUCUGCUCCUCCCCCUGGUUUGCUGUGUCCCCUCCCCCUCUCGCCCCCCCUCCAGACUCUGCCGACGCUGCUGCGACCACAUCGAGCCGUCGCCGGCCACCGGCCAGUACCAGCUGCCCGAGGUCCGCACGGUCAUCAACAUGACCAUCCUCAAAGGGGACAAAGGAGACAGAGGAGAUAAAGGAACACCUGGGAAGCCCGGUCUGGAGGGCACGGCCGGCUGGCGAGGACCCGGGGGUCCCAAGGGCAGCAAAGGUCAGGCGGGCUCCCCCGGCGACGCCUGCAAGAUCCCUCACUCCUCCUUCUCCGUGGGCCGCAGGAAGGCCCUGCACAGCGUGGACUACUACCAGGCGCUGGUGUUCGACACGGUGUUCGUCAACCUGGACGAGCACUUCAACAUGUUCAAGGGCAAGUUCUACUGCUACGUGCCGGGCAUCUUCCUGUUCAACAUCAACAUCCACACCUGGAACUUCAAGGAGACCUACCUGCACCUGAUGCACAACGACAAGGAGCAGGUGAUCCUGUACGCGCAGCCCAGCGAGCGCUCCAUCAUGCAGAGUCAGAGCGUGAUGCUCAACCUGGCGCUGAACGACGAGGUGUGGGUGCGGCUCUACAAGCGCGAGCGGGAGAACGCCGUGUACAGCGACGACGUGGAUGUUUACAUCACCUUCAACGGAUACCUGGUGGCGCCGAGCAGCCAGUGAGAACCCGGGAGUAACCAGCAGAUCGGUAAAAAGCUCCGGGUCGGAUUAUUUACUUUUAUCCACUUUGUCCCAAGACAGAAGAACUUUACAGGACGUUACAAGUUUGGUGCUUUUUUUCCUCUCAGCCUGGAAAGAAACAUACGUAAAAAAUGGACUUCCCGUAAAACACAUUAGAAUCAAAAGGAGCAAUAAUUAAGAGGAAAGCUAACGAGUCACACGAUUAGGAAAGAAUGUUGAAUCACUUCCUUUUGUGCCAGAAAUACAAUGUUUUUCCUUCUUCUGUGCUGAGCUGCUUCUCCUCUCACAUCAGGGACUUUGUGUAAAGUUCUUUCACUCGUCAGGAAUCAUAAAUCUGUGCAAUCGUUUUUUAUAUUUGUGCUGAGAUGAGCAGUGAGAUUGAAAUGUGUUUGCAGAGGCUGAAUGUACACAUUCAAUUCCUCGGUGCCUUUCAGAAGAACAGUUUAGAGGGUCAGUUCAGCCGUCCUCACUUCUCCUGACAGAGUGUGG